CGCUCUGUGAGACUUUCCUGUCACUGGAUACUACUACUCCCAGCCCUCCUCAAAGCAGCCGGAGCAACCCCCUGGUCUUUAGUUUACAAGUGGCAAUUUGACUUGCUCUGCUGCAUGUCUGGAGGGACCGCGGAAAGUGUGGAGACGCCCCGGGGAUUAAGCGAUCUCAGCGUAAAAAGAAAAAAAGCCAAACAAAUAAACAAAACCCACCCACCCUAACAAACAUGAGGCUGCUGGAGAGAAUGAGGAAAGAAUGGUUCAUGAUUGGAAUAGUGUUGGCGAUCGCCGGAGCUAAACUGGAGCCAUCCAUAGGGGUGAAUGGGGGACCACUGAAACCAGAAAUAACUGUCUCCUACAUUGCUGUUGCAACAAUAUUCUUUAACAGCGGACUGUCAUUAAAAACAGAGGAGCUGACCAGUGCUUUGGUGCAUAUAAAACUGCACCUUUUCAUUCAGAUCUUUACACUUGCAUUCUUUCCAGCAACAAUAUGGCUUUUUCUCCAGCUUUUAUCAAUCACACCCAUCAAUGAAUGGCUUUUAAAAGGUUUGCAGACAGUAGGUUGCAUGCCUCCCCCUGUGUCUUCUGCAGUGAUUUUAACGAAGGCAGUUGGUGGAAAUGAGGCAGCUGCAAUAUUUAAUUCAGCCUUUGGAAGUUUUUUGGGCAUCGUUAUAACACCCCUGCUACUGCUGCUUUUUCUUGGCUCUUCCUCUUCUGUGCCUUUUACAUCUAUUUUUUCUCAGCUUUUUAUGACUGUUGUGGUUCCUCUCAUUAUUGGACAGAUCGUCCGAAGAUACAUCAAGGAUUGGCUUGAAAGAAAGAAGCCGCCUUUUGGUGCUAUCAGCAGCAGUGUCCUCCUCAUGAUCAUCUACACCACCUUCUGUGACACGUUCUCGAACCCAAAUAUUGACCUGGAUAAAUUCAGCCUUAUUCUCAUCCUGUUCAUAAUAUUUUCUAUCCAGCUGAGUUUUAUGCUUUUAACCUUCCUCUUUUCAACGAGGAAUAAUUCGGGUUUCACACCAGCAGACACUGUGGCAAUCAUUUUCUGUUCUACGCACAAAUCCCUCACACUGGGAAUUCCAAUGCUGAAGAUCGUGUUUGCAGGCCACGAGCACCUCUCUCUAAUAUCUGUGCCCUUGCUCAUAUACCAUCCAGUUCAGAUCCUUCUGGGAAGUGUGUUGGUGCCCACAAUAAAGUCUUGGAUGGUGUCAAGGCAGAAGGGAGUGAAGUUGACGAGACCAACAGUAUAACGAAGGAGGCACUCUUUAUGCAGCGAUGUAUAUUUGUACAGAAUUGUACAUACAAACAGUUCUGAAGACUUGUACUUGUGAAUGUUGCUUCGAUGCAUAUUUUAUUUUUUUACACAAGAAUAUGAUAAAAAAAAAAAAAAGUUUAAGUGCCUUAAAAUGUAUUGGACAGGAGCAUUAUUUCCAGAACCUACUUUGUUGGUUACUGGCAAGGGUGGUACCCGUAUUUUAAUUUUUUUUUUUUCUUUCCAAACACGGGAAACCAUGAUCAUGACAAAAAGCAAAUAUGCUUUCCUCGUACCACCUUUGGUGCAGAACAACCCUACGCUAGUUACUGUGCUGUUUGAAAUGAGGUCACACCAUCAGGAAAAUGCCCUUCUGAUGACAGUGAAAAUUUCCAAAGUCUUAUUCAUGAAUACUUUGAUUUACUGUGUGAUUCUUUGUUUCUACAACUGUGACAUGCCUCUUCCUUAUCAACUCAGCAGGGGUCAUGGAUUGCAUAGAUGCUGAAAGGCAUAAGUUAUCUGCAUUUCUUGACAUCAUUCUUUAGACAUUCCUUCAGAUAGUUUCCACACAGAAAUUCCUCAGUCCCAUUAUAAGAGAUUGUGGUGUUAUAUGUCUUAAAUUUAUUAUAAGCUGCUUCAAAGAAAGAGCCUGAUGUUUGAGUUAUAAGUAAGUGAAGUUUUGAGGUAAACUCCAGGACUUGGUAGUCAGGAUUUUUAAAAUUAUAUUUCAGAUAGUUUCCCUUUUUCUGCCACAAUUUCUUUCUUACCUGUUUUCUAGCACACUUGCAAACUCCUAACAGCCAAACAUGAGACUUUAAAAUGUUCCAGUUUGAGAACAGCAACAAUUAAUGAUGGAUUAUGUUCACAUUCCACAACUGAGACCAAAAUUUUUUCUUGUUACACAGAUGUCUGAGCACAAAUUGCCCCUUUUAGCCAGAAGCAGCCUGUUUCAUCCUUGGAUUAAGCACACUUAAGGCAUUUGAGACAAGUUAUUAAUGAAAAUUUCCUUGGCAGAUUUGACAAAUGUUUGCUGCAAUUUUUUAAAAUUAAAUCAUAUUGUUCUUAUGAAUAAAUAAAAAUAUAAAGGUCAUGGACACAAACAAAUGUUACAUAUACACAUUCUGUCUAGCCAGAUGGAAAGAAAAAUGGGCACAGAAAAUGCAAAACCAUUCAUUAACCAAAAGAUCAAAUAAAACAGUCCCCAGUUGGGCAUCAGCUUUCAAAGGAAUAUUCAAUCUUUGCUUCCACUGGGGCUAGACAAACUUUCACUAGAUCCAAGUAGAGAAGAAAGCAAUAAAGAGAAUUAGGGGACGCUGUUCCUGCCCAGCAUUCUGUCACAUCCUCUCUGCAUGUCCUUUCUUGGUUUGACAGACAGUAUUGGCAUCCUGGGCCACACUGACGCUGACUGUGGUCAGCAACAGAAAAGAUCAUUCCUUUGAAACCUACCAGGUUUACCAGUGGUAUAAAUUCAUAUUAUCGUCACAACCAGGUCUUAUCUUGUGUUUCUUCUAACCAUUUCAAUAUUACUGAAACUCAUAAAUUUCACAAGAGUUAUCCUCAAUGUAAAUGUUAAGGCCAGCACCGGACUCCGCAAAAAUCUGUGGUGGACAGGCUGUUUGUCAGAAUUUCACUUAUAUCUAAAACUCCAGUAAUUUUGCUCAAUACUUUUGAUGCUCAAAAAUGGGGCAUAGAAAGGUUUUCAUGUUUUGUUCCUACACGUUUCUUGGAAUUUUGGAAGCAGUGGGGUUGUCUGUCUAUCUGUCUGAGCUAUAAAAUUCUUUCUCCCUAGCAUUAGAAUACUGAUUUUUUUCCUCCCCAACUUAUCUACCUCUAUUGUCUAACACCUACAGUAGGUGUGAUUAUGGGAUAAGGUUCAACUGAAAAUGCUAUAACGUGCUUUAAAAAAUGUGUUUUGUUUUCAAAUAAUCUCUACAUAGUGCAUUUUGGUGGCUUGAGUGAUACAUUUAUGCCUAUGUCUUUUUUUACACAAAUACUGUGGCAAAUUUUUCCAUAAAGAAUAAAAAAUAAAAUCAAAAUUUAUUAGUAAUUCAUGCUUAUUGGGAUUUAAUUAUUCACCUCAAAAUAUUUUAUUAUUAUCUUAUGCACUGUCAGGCUAUCCGUUCAUGCAUUUUUUUUGUCUAAAUGUAUUUAUGAAGGAAAUACAUUAGAUUAUAUUUAUGUUUACUAAUUUUUCCACCUGGGUUUUUUUUAAGUGGUUGUUACAAAAUUGGAUUUUUUUUAAA